AACCUUGAGGACCCUUUACGCUAUCUCGAAGCUUCGUGUCUUAUAUUCGUGGGGCCAAGGUUAAUGUACCAAUAUCUCACCGAACCACGUCCUUCUAUCAUCCAACCUCAACCCUGGCUCGCCUCCCUUCGCGAACGUCGAUAGCUCCAACAUCAAGGUGAUGCCUAUCAUGUCACCGUCCGGUCUGGGGCGCGUCGCUCUCGGCGCGCUUUCCUUAUCAUGCCUUGUCACUGCCCAGCAGAACUAUACCCAGGUUGAUAUGAUGCGGGCGCAGCUAGCUUUGAUGGGCGACCGACCAAGCGAUUGUCCACCAUGCUUCAACUGCCUCCUUCCGGCUUACGAAUGCGGUCAGUUCGCUGAGUGUAAUGAAUACAACGGGAAAUGCGAGUGUCCUCCAGGAUUCGGGGGAGACGACUGUCUGGAACCAACUUGUGGCUCUCUUGCUCGCGGUAACGAACGACCGAUAAGAAAAGGCGACACUUGCGAAUGUGACGAGGGCUGGACUGGAAUCAACUGCAAUGUCUGUACCCAGAACAACGCAUGCAAUGCGCUGAUGGAAACCGGCGAUGGUGGUGUCUGUUAUCAAAAUGGCGAGGUUGUACAAGAGAACCAUCAGAUGUGCGCUGUCACGAACGAGAAGAUCCUUUCCAUGCUCGAUGGCAAAAUACCUCAGGCAACCUUCACCUGCGGGAAGGAGACGGGUGUCUGCGAUUUUCAAUUUUGGAUUGACCGAGUCGAAUCUUUCUAUUGCCACCUCCAGGACUGCGAGUCCGGCGCAGACUUCACCUCAGACCGGAACAGCACUUCCUACGAAUGCCCCAAAGUGGAGUGUGGCUGCAUCAAAGAUCGCAUGCUUUGCGGAGCUGAAGGCUCUAUUGACUUGACGGAAUUUCUUAAGGAAUCUGUCAAAGGUCCCGCUACUUUUGACUGUCUACAGGAGCAUGGUGGCGUCAACGUCUGCAAAUUCAAAGAACCCUCGCUAGAUUGGAUGGUUAGGAACGUCUUCGGCGAUGAGAGCAUUGAAUUGGACUGUCGCUCCGGCGAAUGCCUUUACCAUACCCAAGUUCCUGGUUAUGAGCGCCCUGUCAAGAAAAUCAACACUCCAUUGAUUGCAAGUGUCAUUGCAGGAUGCUCCUUGUUCCUCGUCAUUGUCAUCUUGGGCAUUUGGUAUCUUUCCCACCGACAAUAUCGAUACGGCCCUAUUCAUCUGGACGACUCCGACGACGAAAACACGAAGCUCAUGAUUGACCACAAGCCGGCGACUUUGUAUUUUGAAAACAUCUCUUAUGGACUAAACGGCAAAGUGAUCUUGAAUGAUAUCAAGGGAAUUGCGCAUCCAGGGGAGAUUACGGCUAUCAUGGGUGCCUCUGGUGCGGGCAAGACAACCUUUUUGGAUAUUCUUGCCCGUAAGAACAAACGCGGUCAAGCCGUAGGUGACUUUUAUGUGAACGGAGAGAAGGUUACGGAUACCGAAUUCAAGAGUGUCGUGGGUUUUGUUGACCAGGAAGACACUAUGCUCCCGACUUUAACCGUUCACGAAACCAUCCUAACCAGCGCUCUCCUUCGCUUGCCACGGGGAAUGGGUCGCGCGGCCAAGGAGCAAAGAGCGUUCGAAGUUGAGAAGCAACUUGGUAUUUACCACAUACGCGAUUCUUUGAUUGGAUCUGAGGAAGGCAAAGGAAGAGGCAUCUCCGGGGGUGAGAAAAGACGUGUCGGUAUUGCUUGCGAACUUGUCACUAGCCCUUCUAUCCUCUUCUUGGACGAACCCACGAGUGGUCUGGACGCCUACAACGCAUUUAAUGUCAUUGAAUGUCUCGUGACGUUGGCAAAGACGUAUAAGCGAACCGUUAUUUUCACCAUUCACCAACCGCGCUCCAACAUUGUUGCCCUGUUUGAUCGUUUAAUCCUCCUUGCCCAGGGCAAGACGGUAUACUCUGGACCUUUCCCACAGUGCCAGGAAUACUUCGACCAGGCGGGAUACAGCUGCCCACCAGGUUUCAAUAUCGCGGACUACCUUGUUGACCUCACAAUGCAUGCCAGCUCAUCUAGUACCUUUGACGAUGGCUCUAUUGUUACUGAUCUCGCGAGCGUCGGUCCAAGCAGUACUAAAGCUGUGAAGUCUAUUGCGAGCGUCUCCCGAACCGCUAGCAUCGCCGAGGACAGCUCGACGGAACCAUCUUCAAGCAGGCCCAAGGGCAAGCGAAACGAUUCGAUCAAGGCUAGACAGGACCGUGAAUUGUUCACUAGACGGAAGAAUACUGCUGAUACCGCCGCAUCAUCUGACGUGGAUGAGGACGUUGGAUCGUAUAAGCUACGCAAACAACCCGCCGGUGUCAUUCCUCAAGUCGUUAUUGAAGAUGUCCAUGAUCUUCCCCCAUCGGCAGAAUCUAGCCUUGACGGCCUCGUUCGUACCUACGCAGAAUCUGAUAUCUCUGGGAACAUACACGACGAAAUCCAGCAGGCUAUUAUCGGUGCUCGGCAUGCCAACGGCCACAACGGAAAUGCGGCCGACUCACCAAAUGGCAACGAAAGCGCAAUUGGUCGCGGUUAUGCUCGUGUCGGUUAUCUGACCCAAUUCGUUAUCCUCUCUGGGAGAACGUGGAAGAACUUAUAUCGCAACCCGCUUCUGAUGCUAACUCACUACGCUAUUGCGAUAGUGCUUGCUGUUCUGUCGGGCUAUCUCUUUUACGGGCUUACUGAUGAUAUCCCUGGAUUCCAAAACCGCCUUGGCUUAUUCUUUUUCCUACUUGCUUUGUUUGGCUUCAGCACAUUGACCAGCUUGAAUGUCUUCGCCGCCGAACGGCUUUUAUUUGUCCGAGAGCGAGCCAACGGUUAUUAUUCUCCCAUCACGUACUUUGUGGCCAAAGUUCUUUUCGAUAUCCUCCCUCUUCGCAUCAUCCCGCCAAUCCUCAUGGGAGCCAUCAUCUAUCCCAUGACAGGCCUUAUCCCGGAUGCGUCGCACUUCUUCACUUUUAUGCUGGUCCUGGUUCUUUUCAACUUAGCUGCCGCAUCUAUUUGUUUAUUCAUCGGCAUCGUUUGCAAGGAUGGUAGUGUAGCAAACCUGAUUGGAAGUCUGGUCAUGCUUUUCUCUCUCCUGUUUGCCGGCCUCCUCCUUAACCACGACGCGAUUCCCAAGGCCGCACUCUGGUUACAGUCUCUGUCCAUCUUCCACUACGGUUUCGAAGCGCUCAUCGUCAACGAGGUCAUCAAGUUGACCCUGGUAGACAAGAAGUAUGGUCUAGAUAUUACGGUUCCCGGUGCCGCGAUCCUGAGCUCAUUUGGGUUCGACAAUGCCGCAAAAUGGGGGGACGUUAUCAACUUGGGCGUCUUCGCUGGGGUCUUCGUAGUGUUGGCCUAUGGUGCCAUGCAUUUCUUGCUGGUUGAGAAGCGAUGAGAUGUAUGUUGGAAGGAACUUGAAGAAGAAAUUAUGUAGAAUUAUAUGUUGGUAAAUGUCCCUGGUAUUGUUGGCCGAACUGGUGUCUCACGCAUUAUUGCAUUUUUAAAUCAGAUUUCUUGUUGUCUGCAUAAAGCUCAAAUCACUACUCUGAGCCGGAAUAUCUGAAGAAGAAUAUGGGACAUUUUGGGAUGGGCGUUACAAGGUUCAGUCAGGCACGUUUAUUAAUGUCGAUAUCAACCA